AGGAGCAGCAGCUGUUCAUCCAUCAUGCAAUUCCAGCACCCGCACGCGCCUCUGUACGCACCGACGCCCGCGCCGCCCGCGCACCCGACGCCCUUCUAUAUAGAAGACAUCUUGGGAAGAACCGGGAGCUCCUCCGGUCCGGUGGUGCCCACCCCGACCCUGCCGUCCCCGAACUCCUCUUUCACCAGCCUGAUCCCGUCUUAUCGGACACCGAUCUACGAGCCCACGCCGAUACACCCGGUUCUGUCCCAGUACGUGUCCAUGUACCCGUUCCAGCGCUCCGUGGGAGACUUUGCGCAUGCGCUGAUCCGCCACGACCCGCUGGGUGAGCCUGUUCGAUUCUCCAACGAUCAAACCAUCGAGCUGGAGAAGAAGUUCGAGACGCAGAAAUAUCUGUCUCCGCCCGAGAGGAAGAGGCUGGCGAAGAUGCUGCAGCUCAGCGAGAGACAGGUCAAAACAUGGUUCCAGAACCGCCGGGCGAAAUGGAGGCGCCUGAAGCAGGAGAAUCGCGCUUAUUUACCGUCUAGCGGUCUGCUGGACAUCGAGGACGAGCAUCAGUUCACCCUAUGAUAAGCCUUGCUCUUACUGUAAAUACUGUACCAUACUGUACAUUCCGCCAUAUCUGACCACUAACUUAAUGGAUGUGUAUUUUGAUCGUGUGUUGUGGGAAACUGUACAUAUUUGUGUCAUUCAAUAAAGGAUAUUUUGGGGAUAA